ACUGCAUUCACUUCAAAUCAUUCAAUUUUUAUAGAAAAUACAAUAGUUCACGUAAAACUCUUCCCGCCAGUAGGAAAACGAAAUGUGGAUGACAGCAUAAUAUCUAAUAAGAGUUGCCAACACCUCAACUUCUGAGUAAAUUCUAACGCCUGUAACAAAGAACGUUCUUUGUUAAUAAGAAGAGAAACAGUAUCAAUUUUGAAUGACUUCGUUUCCUAAGAAGAAGAAUCAAUAUUUGUUAACAGCUGUUGAAUAUAAACAGUUUAAAGCAUUUCUAUUGCUGUGCAAAUGAAAUACACAUUGAAAAAAAUAAAAAAUGGCGAGUUGGUCUAAAAACCAGCCUUCUGGUAAUUCAACUAGAAGAAAAUGGAAAUUGGAAGAUCGCACGUCCUUGAACAAUUUGAAGUAUCACAUUGCUGCAGAAGGUUGCUCCGAUGUGCAAUAUGACUUGGCUAAACAGUUGCUGGAUAACACAAUUGAACAAAAUGAAACCACAUCAAGUCAACAAGCUAUACAUUGGUUGCUGCGCGCCUCUCAACAAGGUCAUGAAGAUGCCACAAAACUGUUGCGGCAGUGCUUCGACGAAGGCUGUGGCAUCACCACCGAAAACGAAUCGGAAGUGCGCUGUUGCCUAUCAAUGACACCUGGAGAAAGAGCUGCUCGUAAAGCAGCACGUGAAUUAUUUUCGUGUUUGUCAAAUGGUAGUGAGCAUAUAACACCACGGCAGUUAGAACGAAAAAUGAGGGAGAUCUAUAAUCUUCAGAAGAAACGACGUCAUCAUGGUUAUUCCACUUCGACAUCGGAAGAGGAAACCGAAGAUGAGUAUGGGAAUAGUGAGCAUGAGCCAUUAACAGAUGCUGCUGCAGUUGGUAAUGGGCAUGUCAACUUAUCAACACGACGGCCACGACAAAGACAACAUAGACGUCGAGUAACGACAUAUUCCACAGAAAGGCAAACAGCAUCUGGCCGUGUUAUAACGGAAGAGAAUCUAGUAUCAGCUGCGGUCAAUUACGCAGCUGGUCGUAUGCCUGCUGUAAAUGAUGACUUAACAAUCUCAGUACCUCACCCUGCAACAUUGGAUCAUGUGCCAUGUUUUCACCGGCUAUUAUUCCAUCCAAUACUCUUCUGUACAAUACUUUAUCACCGGCUAGUAAAUUUAUUAGCAUCAUUUCCUACAAUGAUACCACCAAGCGUACGUAUGGCACUACUUUUUACGGUAUACUGGUUGGCAUCAAGUGAAAAUCUCACUGUAUUCUUGCCAGUGGGAUUUUAUUACCUCUGUUUAACAGUUAUGAUAUGCUCUACUUGCAAAAUGCUUAAGACAAAGCAAGAUUUUAUAGAUUUUCGCAUUUGGUCUGGUCUAUUCUUGAGUUAUGGUGAUCACAAUGUCGAGGCCAAUAUUUCGGAGAAUCUCUUUUUAAAGAAUAAUCUUAAGCCAUAUCUGUAUUUUUUCUGUGCUUUCAUUGGCAGUUUAAUGGUAUCGCCAUUAGUAGCGAAAGGAUGGCUUGCACACUCCGAGUUAACCAUUGUAUCGUGCAUAUUCGUGUUUGUUUCGCUUGUUGUGUUUAUGUACUCAUCAGCACGCAGAUUUCCAGAUUGGAUUGUCCUUGUGUCGUUUGGUGUCAAUGUACUCGCUAAAUAUCCUUACGAAAUGGAUGAUGUGGUUGCUACCGGCUGGCGUUUUUUGGAUCUUAAAGUACCUACAUUUUGUUCCUUCGUCAUUGGAAACGGCAUUGAAUUCUGCUUGAACUGUCGAACUGCUUUAUACCUACUCAUACCCGGUUUCCUAAUACAUUUAGCAGCACGGAGUAAUUGGCACGGCAUCUACACACAUCUUAUACCACACUGCGUCACACUGAGUUGGCUACAAUUAUGCAUCACAACAUCGCAAAGUGCCACUAUGUUCGGUAUGGUUAGAGCAACGCUUGGUUUAGCCGGUAUUUUGCUGUUUUUGCCUUUAUUUGGUUUAGUAUCGCUGUUAAUUCCUGUAUUUGUGGCAAUUGAUUGGAUGGGCUUUACUGAUCCAGGUGUACGUUUAGGCAGCGCACUUAUAGCCGCUAUACUUGCAUUACUUGGCUCAUGCUUUCUGGCUAUGAAUCGCACAACGCAAAGAUAUGUAACAAUUUUGCAGGUGGUGCUUUGCAUUAUAACAGCAUGUAUACUUACAUUCCCUUACAUGACUGCAAAUUUUAAAGAUUCACCACGUUUCGGAAAUGUCAUAUCGAUUGAUAAACAUGAAUCUCUAAUUGAAAGCGUUGAUAACAGCGAGAGCGUAGAGGCAGGAUUGGAUAAUAUGCGGAAUCUUGAUAAUGACAACAUACCUCACAUAUCUGGUGCACUCACUUGGCAGCGUUUUUAUACACUUUGCGAGCAACCCGCUAAUGAACAAAACAAUAAAAUCAAAACGCAAUUGCGAUGCGCUCACCUGGAAGGUAUGGCUGUUACAUGGAUAGGUACUGCUACGCAAGCUCAAAUCAGUCAUGUUUCCAAUAUUCGUGCUGAAUAUAUAAGUAAAUAUUUGCCGAAUUGGUUGAGUAACUUGAUACGCUGUGUUUACGGUAAAAAAUUAAGUGAACAAUUGCGUUGCAGUCCGAAAGAGGAAACGCAAUUUUGUCUAGAUUUAGACCAUCUGCUAGAACAUAGUGAAUUACAAGGUAAAUGCUCAUUGCAUGAAUGGAAUUCUUAUGAGUAUGAAAUACGUGUACGUAUGCCAACACAAGGCUUGUUGAGUAAAAGCUCAGAAAUUGUGCUACAAGCAAGUCACAAAUUCGGUAAUUUUACACGUUCCUUGACGGCUGGUGAUCGUCUUCAAUUUUAUGGCACACUACAAAAUAGCAGACCACCGUUGGCCAAUGGCUUACACGAACGGAAGGAUUUCAUUUUGGGUGCUUCUCAGCCUCGCAUAAAGUUGUUGGCUGUGAAAUGUGUGUUAUGUGCCGAUAAGACGCUUAAGUCAGUAAGCGUGGCACGCAAAUCACCCUUAAAUGCUCGAAUGCGUGAUCUAAUGCGCGGCAUCAAGUACCUAUUGAACGUAUUAUUUAAUCCACUCAUUACAUUUAAAUAAUUCUUUCACCAUAUUUUUUUUAUUUAUGUAUGUAUAUAGCGAAAUGGUGUGAAAUGCAUUAAUUUUUCAACUUCAAGUCGAGCAAUAUGAUGAACAGAAAUUCUAUACGAUUUGCAAACCAAUUUAAAACUUAUAGUAUUGAAAUGCUUUUUGUUCCAUGCUCGGAAACCUUCGUGAUUCAAAUCUGCGCAAAUUAUUAAAUAUGUUCAAUUCGAUAAAGUUUGGUGGAUUAAGUACGAAAUGACGCGAGAACACACAGGAGUUUUAAAAACAUAACAUCUAGGGGUAGUAGACGUAUAUAUUACUGAGAGAUGGCUUUUGAAGUUCUCAAAUAUUCCUUGACUUCUAGACAAGGGUUAUGAUUCUUUUUAGUGAAUUGUCCAAUUUUUACGCUAAAUAAAAAUUUUUAAUAUGUUCUACUAAAAUUCUGCUUGUAAAUAAUUGAAAAUUUUAAUGCAUUGAAAUUCCAAAACAAAAAAUAUAAGCCAUAAAUGCUUGCAAAAUAAGCAUUUUCGCAAAUCGAAUACAUACAUAUAUUAGUUGUGCUACUUUUCAAAUUACUUAAUAUCGCAUUUAAUUGUUUACAUUAUUCAACUUACACUAUCAUGACAAAUGAAACUAUUAAUGUUAAAGCAUUAAUUUUAAAUAAAUGGAAUUUAUAAUUAAUGUACAUAACAUUUGUGUUUGUUACAUGUGCAGGUAUUUUAUGCUUUUAAAAGCCUGGUUUCAGUGUUUAAAAUGCGAAAGAAAUGCAAGAGUGCUAAAACCCUAUUUUACUUAUUUUAUUAUCAUAAUAUUAUAUAUGUAUGUACAUAUGCAGCUGAACUUCUCUGUAACGUAUUAGCUUGAAAUCCAAAAAAAAAAUCGAUACAAAAAAUAUUUUUCUAUUUAUUGAAAAUAUAAUCAACAAGAUGUUUAAAGUUUCAAUCGCUUUUGUUACUACACCAUUCCACAAUUCCAAAAAAAAGUUCGUAACUCUUUAACUGAAAAAGAAAUCUGCCAAAACGUAAGCACCACUUUCUGAAGUUCCACUGCUUCCUCAACGUUGUAAUGUGGAUCUAUCAAUAUUUGUGAAAGUAAAUAACAUAACAAAUAAAUGCUAAAACGGCUUCGUCUUGCACAGUACUCUUAACCGAAGGACCUUUGUAAAUUGACGGCCUUUGACCGCGCUUUAAAAAUAACCCUAGAAAGCACCAACACCGGCUUCAUCUUGCAAAGUCCUUUGUCUGAAUUGCCCUGCGAGUAUGAGUAUGAGCAUGAUUAAUUCUCGUUAACAGCACCAUUGUAAUAAAAA